UUGCUAAUUGUUUCCACAUUGAUAUAGCACAGGUAGAAGGAUCUCUUUAAAAAAUUAUGUUCAAUCGAUCUUUGAAAGUGAAAAGGUGAACACGAAUUUGAAAAAUUAAUGAUGAUGAAUAAAAUUUUAGUUCUUUUGUUCGUUAGUCUAGGAUUUAUUGAAUGUAGAGAAAUGCAUCCCAUAAAACCCGACACAGAUAUGUGCUUCGAUUCAUAUAUAGAUGUUCAACCAAUCAACCUUAGUAACUUAACAAAAGCCUGCGUAGAACCGUUUCCAGAAAUAAACAAUUGUCCAGGUAUAGGUCUUUUCACGGAUGAAGUGAUUCUUCUAGAUUGUGACAUAUCCGGUAACAAACGUACCGAACCUCUUAAAACUGGAUGUUACACACUGAUUAAAAAAGAUUCCACAGAAGAAGUUAUUUGUCAAAGAUACAAUAGGAAGAAAAUGUGUGAAAUGCUGAAGACGCCUUCAAACUUAGCCAUUGAAGUUUAUUGCCAGAGAAGUUCCAGAAGUAUCGUUAAUGUAGAAAGGAUCAAAAUCGUACCAUAAAUUAAGACUGUUAUUAUUUUCAUAGUGUAUGAAUUUGUGAAUAAUAUAUUAAAUUAUUUAAUAAAUUGACUUUUUCAUUA